AUGCCUCAACAAGAUCCUGCUCUCCAGCGCGUUGAAGACCAAUUGGUCGAAAUCUCAAAGGAAGUCCAAGGCUUGGCUCGAUCCAAGUACACUUCCAAGGAUAUCCAACAUUUGCAAAACAAGCUGCAUCACAUUGAUGAAAAGUAUCGUGAAGGAAUCAUUGAUGAUCGUGACAAGUCAAACUUGGAUGAUGAUCCAUAUGAGCACCAAGGCCAAGCUCAGAUUGCUGAUGCUCUCGAUAAGAUUCACACCACUCUAAGCUCUAUGCUGCAAAACUGCGAGUAA